UAAUAGCAAUGUUUUUAUUACUAAGGCAUUUCCAUCACUUCCGGUUUAGAUCACGUAAUGACUGCUAACUUGGAUGUGAACAUAAACUAUGUGGGCGUGGUCACGUCCGGCAGUGGUCCAUCCAAUAUUAUCUUCCCCCAUCGAUACUCGUCGUUGCUAACGACGCUUUAACGGAUGAAAUGUGACUAAACAGAACAGGAACAAGAUACGAGAACUUUCUAUAUUCUAGUAAUAAACCAGUCAGAAGAAGCAACAGCCGCGAUGGGUGCAGAAAAAUGCGCCAGAGCAGAGUCUGAGCGAGGUUUUUAUCCGACUGAAGGAGAAAUUCAGAAGUGGAUGAGCAGCGCUUUUUACAUGGUAAAUGCUCCUCCGGCCAGAGAGGCUCUGGAGAAAGGAGAGGUUCCUGUUGGAUGUCUGAUGGUCUACGAGGAUCAAGUUGUGGGAAAGGGAAGGAAUGAAGUCAAUGAAACCAAAAAUGCGACACGUCAUGCGGAGAUGGUUGCCGUGGACCAGGUCCUGGACUGGUGUCGCUAUGGGAACCUGGAUUCAAGAAACGUUUGUGAAAGGACCGUUCUGUAUGUGACCGUGGAGCCGUGCGUCAUGUGUGCUGCGGCGCUACGUCUGCUCAAUUUGCCGGUGGUUGUUUACGGCUGCAGGAAUGAGCGUUUCGGAGGCUGUGGAUCAGUUCUGGACAUCUCCUCUGCAGAUCUUCCUCAGACCGGGACCAUGUUCAAGUGUGUUCCAGGUCACGGAUCAGAGGAAGCUGUAGAAAUGUUGAAGACGUUUUAUAAACAGGAAAAUCCAAACGCUCCGAAACCCAGAACGAGGAAGGACUGACCCUGAAAGAAAAACCCUGAUGUCUUUCUGGACCUAACCGGAGCCCUUUAACCUACCAACAGGACCUAACCGGAGCCCUUUGACCUACCAACAGGACCUAACCGGAGCCCUUUAACCUACCAACAGGACCUAACCGGAGCCCUUUAACCUACCAACAGGACCUAACCGGAGCCCUUUAACCUACCAACAGGACCUAACCGGAGCCCUU